UAGACUGCAGUGCAGCGACGGGUCGGCCCCGCCCGUCCCCGCAUGGAAGCGUCUUUUAAUUAGCAAGCUUCUUGGGUAAUUUUGAAAGAGUGUGUUCUCCCCAGUUUUGAUUUACAUCUCAUUUUGGGGGAAAGGGGAAACAUCUGUCCAAUCAAGUCCUGUUUAAGAGUUGUUUCCACUUCAGCUGACUUUCCAAAUGUGAUUGGUAAUGUCUUGUUUGUUUCAGAUAAAAUGACGCUAAUGACAGUGCAGCUAGAGAGGGAGAUGCCAUCUCAGGAAUCCUCUUUAAUGCGUAUUUGUAAAUAGUAACAGCAGUACCAUUUAUUUUGCGCAUGAGUUCAGAAGCAUAAAAUCACUGUAAAUACAACAAAUCAUCAUUAUUGCUCAAUUAAAAUAGGGUGUAAUAAUAAAAUACCGUGGAUUAAAUACUAAACUGAUGUAGUGGCGUUCUUUUGGCCGGGGAAAAGAAUGUUAGUGUCAGGUCUAGCUUCAUGUGAGCAGCAGAAGCUGCGUGUGCAAGGCCGGCUCUGCUCCGUGCGGCCCCUGUUGGCUCACUGGGUGCUGGGAGGAGGUGAACGGGGCAGGAGGGGAGGGUGCGCCUUGGCCUGAGCCACCGCGUGCUCCCCAGAGUUGGGUGCCUUGGGGUGGGACUGUUGCCUGGAAGGAGACAGAACCUUCUGGGCCGGUGGCCUGUACCUUGUCUCCAUGACUCGUGUUCCACUGAGGAAGCCGAGUUUUCCUGUUGCCUUGUGCUCCUGUGGGGACGACUGUCGUCCCUGGUGCCACGGGUGGGAGUGCAUCACAGCACUGGGUUUUGCGGCUGUUAUUUUAAUCUGAUGGCUUCUUGUCCUGAUUCAUUUUCUUAGCAAAUUACAGUUGUAUCUCACGGGUCUGCCGGGGUGAUUGGCAGCCGGGGAGGGUGGUGCUGGUGGAGAGGAUGGGAGCAGUCAGCCCACAGGUCUGCAUCUGAUGCGUAAUAGCUCUGUGGCCUUGGGCAAGCUGCUUUACUUUUCUGGGUUUCAAUUUCCGUAUUUAUAGAUUGCAAUAAUAGUUCCUGGCUCGCCUAGUUUUUGUGAGGAUUAAAAUAAUGGAAAGAAUGCACAAUUCCUCUUCAAAGCAAACAGAAGGUAAUGGCGGUGGAGAGCUGCCACUUGAGGGACGGGGAGCUCCAGACAGUGGCUGUCGAGAUGACACACCGUUUGUUUGAGAGUGGAAAUGAAACUGGGCUGCAGCAACAGGGGCCAGGGGGCUGAAUCACGGCUCCCAGACACUCGGGGGCAGCCGUGGGGCCUGAGUGUGCAGCCCCCGGAGGCCUGGGAGUGUCACGGCCAUGCUGGCUGCUGGGGGUAGGGGAGGGAAGCCAGCAGUUUGAGGAGUUUUGCUGUGAUCUGUGUGCUCAGGGUUCAGGGUGAGCGACUUGAUGAGUUCCUGUAAUCCAGACAUUUUCCUCGUGUGAUUCUUUUCCCUUUCAUGUGUGGGUUUUUUAAAUUUGUCCUGUUGAUUUAUUAUUAGAAAAGCAAAGGAGUGUUUACUAAAUGAGGAGAUAAAUUUCAAUAACCCAAAUGAAUUUCUUCACCCAGUGCUGCAGUGUGAUUUUUAAAAAUUGACAAAGCAUUAUCUGUGAAGAAUUCUUAUAUUUUCCAUUAUAUUUUGAUCAUUUUUUUUUUUUUGGAUCUUUUCAAGUUGCCAUUUAAAAAAAUCUGAGCUCCAAAGGGCACCUUAAAAUCCUUUCAGACUGCUCCUUGCCCCAGGCAGGAAAACAGCUUAACCAUGCCAAACCCGUGACUUCCCUCUGUGCUCACACUCGCAUAGGCAGUGUGUUACAGAAGUACAAUGGACAACAACUAUUGAUACCCUUUCCGCAGCAGGGAAGCUGUGCCUGUGGUCACGGCACUGGCCGUAGCGCAGCUUGCCUGCGGUUGGAGGCUGCUGCCCCGUGGCAGGUGGCUUUACUGCCACUUCAGGUAGUUGGUCACAGGGCUAGCUCAUGGUUAGUGAUCUUAGGACUAAGAUGACUGGGCCUGCAGUAUUUCUAAACUAAACUAAGUGUACGUAAAUAAAUCUCAGGACUAUUAGAAAAUUUCGUUUUAAUUCCAUUUAUAGCCUAGUGCUUUUUCAAAAUUUAUAUCUGAUGACAUUAAUUAUUGAGACCAGUACUAAAGAGAUGUUUGUUUUAAGGCAUGUGUGUUGACUUUUUCAUUACAUUUCUAUAGCCAGAACAAGUCAAAGUCAUGUUCACAAGUCUGUCCAAGGAAGUUAAGAACUGUGCAUGAAAAGAUAGGAAAGCAGUACCAGAUCCUAGCAGUAGCAAAGCGAGUCUGUACCCAGCUUGCUGACGACCGCAUGGCGCUGGUGCCGGGCAUCAGCCUCGACCCCGAGGCAGCGAUCGGCGUGACCAAGCGGUGCCCUCCCAGAUGGGUGGACGGAGUGGAUGAAAUCCAGUACGACGUGGGCCGGAUUAGACAGAAGAUGAAAGAACUAGCUAGCCUUCAUGACAAGCACUUGAACAGACCCACACUAGAUGACAGCUGCGAGGAGGAGCAUGCCAUUGAGAUAACCACGCAGGAGAUCACGCAGCUCUUCCACAGGUGCCAGCGCGCUGUGCAGGCCCUGCCCAGCCGGGCACGCAGGGCCUGCUCUGAGCAGGAGGAGCGGCUGCUUCGGAAUGUGGUGGCUUCCCUGGCCCAGACCCUGCAGGAGCUGUCCACCAGCUUCCGGCUGGCACAGUCGGGCUACCUGAAACGCAUGAAGAACCGAGAGGAAAGAGCCCAGCAUUUUUUUGAUACCUCAGUCCCACUCAUGGAUGACGGAGAGGAUGCUGCGCUGUACGACCGGGGUUUUACCGACGACCAGCUCAUGCUGCUGGAGCAGAACAGCCUGAUGGUGGAGGAGAGGGAGCGAGAGAUUCGUCAGAUUGUGCAGUCUAUUUCCGACCUGAACGAAAUAUUCAGGGAUUUGGGAGCCAUGAUCGUGGAGCAGGGUACGGUCCUUGAUAGAAUUGACUAUAAUGUUGAGCAGUCCUGUAUCAAAACGGAAGACGGCCUGAAACAGCUGCACAAGGCGGAGCAAUAUCAAAAGAAGAACCGGAAGAUGCUGGUGAUCUUAAUACUGUUUGUUAUCAUCAUUGUCCUCAUCGUUGUCCUCGUCGGGGUGAAGUCCCGCUGAGUGCUGCAGGCUUCCCGUGGUGCCAAAUGCACACGCCCUGCCCAUGGGAGGUCACCAGCCAGCCGGCCGGCCAGCCGCGUGUCCAGGAGCAGCCCACCUGGCACGGCCCCCCAGCUGCCUCUGCCGCCAGGGGACGCGUCUGCUUCCUUCCGAGUGGAUGGCUGUGGCCUGGGAUGCUGCUGUAGAACAGAGGGUCUGUAAUGAAUUAUCAUGAGUUGUUAUAUAUAUAUAUUUAAGAGAAAAGGAGUUGAAUGUUUGCAGGAACUGCACAGCUGUUCAGGAUUACAUUUAUAUGCUAUUUUUUUUUAGCAUUUGUGUCUGAGCAGCAUGUUAAAAUAAUUUUUGGCAAAAAUUUUUUUUAAACCAUAUGGUUUAUAAGAAAUUUGCUACCAAAAAUUUAUGGGUAGAGGCAAAAAUGCCUCUUCAUCUUUCUCUAUAUAUUUUCCAGUUGAAAACAAACUGAGAAUUCCUUUAAGAAUUUAUAAUCCGUUCCCCAUUAACUUAAUUUAGCUUUUCCAUCACUGUUAAUGAUCAGAGUAACAAAGUGUGAAAAAUUAAAAACCAUCAUUGAUGUGAAUUAACACAUUUAGACGGGCCAGUUAAAAUAGCGUCAUAAGUUUAAAUUAAUUGUAAAUAGAGUAUGCCUCAUUUUGAAUUUUUGCACUGUUUUCUACUGUAAACCAAAGGGGUUGCUAGGCAAAGCAACCUGCGUGUAAAUGCCGAUGACAGGAGCCCAGCUCCCACGGCAGGAAGGGUUGGCGUUGCUGGAAAGUCAACCAGAUUCGGCCGGAGCGUCCCCGAACGUCCCCAACCUGCCCUGCUCAGCCCAUUACUUGCAUACUAACCACAUAAUGACCUGUUCAAACCAGACUCCACUUAAUGAACUGUGAAUUUACACAGAGGCCAUUCUAAAUGGGUCACCCCAUUUAGGAUUAGUGGAUCUCAAAUUAUUAACCAAACAUCACUCCAUUUCAAAGUAAAAUACCCCACUGGUGAUUUGAUUUAUCGGCCCUUCCAGCCCCACUUAGCAGUGCCGGGGAGGUAACCUACUCCGGACAAUUAGGAAAUCCCAUCUGGGGGUGCAGCGCUGGGAGCCCCAGUGAGACUCCACUGUUUACCUGCCUGCUAUCCACAUGGUGCUUGACAGUGUUCCUGGGACUGAGCUCGCGCGGCUAGGGACCGCAGUCGUCCGCAUCUUGUCUUGUCUUAACAGACACCAGCCCGUUUUCAUGGUCCUUGUGUCAUUCUUGGUUUCUCUUCCAUUGUUUUUGCUCUACUUUAAAGCGGACCAGUCACAGAAAAUGCCUUCUGAGCUGGCUUUGGCGAGAUGUUCCGGAGUUGAGCCUGAGUCCAGAUGGCCCGUGGCUGGACCCAGGCCCUGCCCUGCUGUCCCUUCCCAGGAGUUUGCCACCUCUGGACAGCCGUGGGUUUUCUCCUUGCUGACCUAGGGGUGCACCUGGCACACACUCCAACAGAUAGGUCUGCGAAAAGCACCCCUGGGCCAGCUCUGCUGCCUCUGCUGUGCAGGGCUUGGGCAGACCCAGGAGGAGUGAGGCUCCGUCGGGCUGCCUGGGGCCACCGUGGCCACACUGGAUAACUUCUCGAGUUUUAUGAGAUGCUGAUUCUUAGUAGGACCCUUUAAGAGAGGAUUUAUAUUUAUUUUCAGCAGAGAGUUAUUAGGGCUGGGUCCCCUGCAACCCACUGGGGUAGUGUGACAGAUGUGAUUAGAAACUUGUGGGGAUCCUACGGGUGGCAGCGGGGUUCCAGUCUGCCUGCAGCUGUGUAGUGCCAGCUGAAGAGCCAGGCAGCCGCUGUGCAGCUGCUGCGGCCAGUGUGCUACCAUAGGACAGGCAGGCUCGGAGCCUGGAUGAGGACGGGGGUCCUUAAACCUCUGUAUUUUUCUCUUGAGCCUAUAUCUGGGGAAAGACGAGGAGCAGCUGAGGGAGAGAAUCCAGUUCCCUCUGCAUGAGACGACCUCUGGGGCCUGCCCCGAGUUGGGCACAGGGGCCCUGGCAGGCUGCCAAGGGGACGGUCGCGCCAAGCGAGUCUGUCCCGGGCGCAUGACUCUAUCAGGACGUGGCGGGUGGUGGUGGUGGUGGCUGUCCAGUCGGACAGAGCGGCCACUCACGAUCUUUCCCCGGCUUCAGCUGAGAACUGCCGUCUGUGUGUGUGCUUGGGGGCGGGCGGGGCGGUGCUGGCGGCCGGCUGUGGGAAGCAGUGUGUAUCUCUGGUUCUCUGCUAAUUGAGAGAGCAUUAUUUCUUUGUUUUGACACCAAGAGCUUUCAGUGUUUUAUCCUAGCUAAUGGCUUCUUAAAGGUAAUAAAACCCUUCCAACCUGAUUGGUCACAUAAGAUUUUUUUUUUCUUGUAUGCUUAAAUAAAGCAAUUAGUGAAGCGCUUCUAUCCAAAAUGACUUUUUUUGUCCUUUUUAAAAAACCAAUUUACUGUUACUGAAAACUUUUUUGUAUAAUAAAGCAAUCAUGCAGAUUAAAGAA